AGUAGAGCGGCAGCACACGAAUCACCCACCCUCAGAAAACACCAUUCAGCUGCUUAUUUCGCCCGUGAUUUUGCUAUGCGCAUCGGGCGAGGAGGAGACGCCACUUUGCGCUUUGGUUUUGGAUUGCUGUUCAAUCUUCUAGCGUGCAUCAAUGGACAGGAUGGAGCAUUGGAGACAGUGCGCGCUAUGGCUGAUCAACUGUAAGGUGCUGCCACCAAACCAUCGGGUGACAUGGGAGUCCGCUCAGGUGUUCGACCUGGCACAGACCCUGCGGGAUGGAGUCCUCCUGUGCCAGCUUCUCAACAACCUGAGACCCCAGUCCAUCAACCUGAGGGAGAUCAACCUGAGACCUCAGAUGUCACAGUUUCUCUGCCUGAAGAACAUCAGGACAUUUUUGCACGCCUGUUCAGAGAUAUUCGGCAUGAAAAAAAGCGAGCUGUUCGAAGCGUUCGAUUUGUUCGACGUUCGGGAUUUCGGAAAGGUUAUGGACACGUUGUCCAAACUCUCUCAUACGCACAUUGCACAGCAGACUGGAAUAAGGCCGUUUCCCACAGAAGAGAGUGUUGAGGAUGAAGACAUUUAUAACCAUCUUGAGGAUCUGAUAGACGAAAAUGGUGUUGAAGAUGAGGAGGAUCUCUAUGACUGUGUGUACGAUGAUGAUGAAGGUGGAGAGGUGUAUGAAGACCUGAUGAAGGUCGAGUUGGUUCAGCCACAGAAACAGGCUGAGACGGACAUCAGGAGCUGCUGUUUGAUGGAGAUCAAGCAGACUGAGGAGAAAUACACUGAGACACUGGACUCUAUAGAGAAAUUCUUUAUGAAGCCUCUGGGACAGUCACUGUCCAGCGUGGAGAUCGAAAAAGUGUUCAUCAACAUACCAGAUCUUGUGAAAGUGCAUACGAGUCUCCUGAGGGAAGUCCAGGAUUCAGUGCUCAUGCACAACGCCACUAACCUCCACCAGAUCUUCAUCAAAUACAAAGAAAGAUUAGUCCUGUAUGGCAAAUACUGCAGUCAAGUGGAAUCCGCCAUUGCGUGUUUGGAUGACAUCUGUAAGAACAGAGAGGACGUCCGGCAGAUGCUAGAGUUGUGUUCAAAGCGAGCCAAUAAUGGGAAGUUUACUCUCAGAGACUUGCUGGUUGUCCCCAUGCAGAGAGUAUUGAAGUAUCACCUGCUUUUACAGGAGCUGGUCAAACACACACAUGAUGCCACAGACAAGACUAACUUACGACAGGCGCUGGACGCCAUGAAGGAUUUGGCUCAGUAUGUCAACGAGGUGAAGAGAGACAUCGAGACUCUACGAGACAUCGACCAGUACCAGAAAUCUAUAGAGAACCUUAAUCAGUCUCUCCGUAACUACGGCAGACCGAAAGGUGACAGUGAAGUGCGAGUCACUUCAGUCGACAAACGAGCCAAACAAGACAGGCACAUUUUUCUGUUUGACUCGGCCGUGAUCGUAUGCAAACGGCGAGGCGAUAACUACGAGAUGAAGGAGGUGAUCGACCUCCACUCCUUCAAGAUCACCAACAACCCCACCUCAGAAAAAGAAAACCGAAAGUGGUGCCAUGGAUUCUACCUCACACACAACCAGGGUCAAAACGGCUUUGAGUUCUUCUUCAAAACCAAGGAGCUAAAGAAGAAAUGGCUGGAACAGUUUGGCAUGGCAUUAUCGAACAUCUGUCCAGAGAGUGGAAAAUGUAAUUUCCAUGAGUUCCGCAUGCACACCUUUGAGACAACCACAUCCUGCAGCUCAUGUGAAAUGCUGCUGAGAGGGGUCUUCUAUCAAGGCUACCGGUGCUCUAAAUGUGGUGCUGGCGCCCAUAAGGAGUGUCUCGGCAGGGUGGAAGUCUGUGUCAAAAGCAGCUCCGCUUCCAGGUCUGCAGACUCACAGAUUGGAAAAACAACCACUCGUGGAGACAAAGAUCUACCUAAGAUGCUGGUCAUCUGUAAUUAUCACGGUAUUCCAAGCCCCCUUAACGGCCCACCGCUCAAUAUUAACACUGGAGACGUUAUUGAGCUCAUCGAGGCGAACGUCCAUAGCAGUUGGUGGAAGGGUAAAGUCCUGGCAACUAAAGAGGUUGGCUUAUUUCCAAGAGACGCCGUCAAGCCUUGCCCAUGUGUACCCAAACCUGUUGACUACUCUUCACAGCUUUGGUUUGCAGGCCCAAUGGAGCGAGUGCAGGCAGAAGCUGCUCUGCUCAACAAAAGGAGCAGCACAUAUAUGGUCCGUCACCGCAGUCGAGAGUUCCAUGAAUAUGCCAUCAGCAUCAAGUACAAGAACGACGUGAAACACAUCAAGAUCUUAACAAAGGACGGAUUAUUCUACAUUGCGGAAAACAGGAAGUUCAGUAGCAUUUUGGACCUCAUCCAGUAUUACAAAAUUCACUCUCUGCGGGAAGGGUUCAGGACACUUGAUACCACGCUGAAGUUUGCCUACCGCGAGCCAGAGAAUGGAGCCAACAUGUUCUCUCAGAAGGGGAUUGGGGUUGCCAUCGCCCGAUAUGACUUCAGCCCGCGAGACACCAGGGAGCUGUCCAUGCAGGAGGGAGAUGUGGUGAGGAUCUACAGCAAAACUGGAGCCAGCGGAUGGUGGAAGGGUGAAGUUAAUGGACGGGUGGGCUGGUUCCCCUCCACGUACGUAGAAGAGGCCGAGGAGUGAGCAAUCCCACAACAGAAUGGGAAAAACACAAAAUCUGAUGUGUUUGAUUAUCUGAUGAUUGCGUCUUAGAAGACCUGGAGUGGAUCAGGAGCGAAUCCGGACUGAGGUCACACGCCGUGAGCUAUUUUUUCCAUGUGCGUGUGUGUGUUUGCUCACUAGGAAACAUGACCUUGCCUGCAUCCUCUUUUACCUGCACUAUUAUUGAUGGCAGCCUGCUGUUGGUGGAUGGAGCCCGGAGGUGUUUCAACACUCACAUCCAGUCAUUCAUCUCUGAUUAAGAUCAUGCCUCCGCCAUGCUCGUAAUUGAUUGCUGUCUCUUCGCUCUCUCGUAUUUUUCAGAUUUCCACUUUAAAGGAAUGAGUGGUUGUUUUUUUGUGCGUGGUGUUUGUUGCGCGCUUAUCUCCAGAGAUGUAUUGUUGGGUUGUCAUGCCCUGUUUAUCUGAUUCACGACGGGAGACGCUGACAGGGAACAAAAAGUUCACUGUGACAGGCCUGUAAACAGCUUUUUUAGCCAGCGGCCUAUGGACCUGGAAGCGUUGUGUGGCCCCGUCCUGAAUGGAUGGGCUUAAUGAGUGGGCUUUACACACAUUUGCUGGAGGAAUUGACACAUUGGAAAACAAUGAGUCCGAUAAUUCUGUCUGAAAGCCACCUGUGGAUCUGAAGCUGUGUGUAAACUAGGGGUGGACCGGUAUGGGGAAUUCAGUGUCUGAUGCUGAUCACUAAAUCACAAGCUGGGACAACAUAUUAUAAUAUUAUUAUGUAUUUGAAUAAGUUUACAUCAGAGUCAUAACCAACAUAGACAGUGAGUUAUGCCCAAUAAUUAAAAAAAAAUGUGUAACCUUCAUAUUACAUGCUGCAUUUAUUUAAUCAAAAAUGAUUCAAGUAAAUUAAUAUCUAAAAAUAUAUUUUUUUGUUUCACAAUAUUAGUAUUUUUUCGAUUAUAUAAAUUAAGCAUAUGAACCAAAUAAGAGUUUACAUACACACAUACAGUAUAAACAUGCAUAGAGUUGAAAAUUAUUACUCUGAUUAUUCAUUAUUAGAUUAAUUUAAGCUAAAAAAUACAAAUUUUGUAUAUUUUUCUAAUAUUUUUGAAGGGAUGUUUAAC